UUUCUCCAGAUAGAGGAAUGUCAUCUGCUCCCAUCCAGGACAAUGCUGACCAGAGCUCCUUAGAAGAUCUGUCCUACACCCUUAUCAAUCACAGUGUCCCCAGGAAAAGGUCAUCAGGGAUCUCUGCGGAGUACUAUGAGAAUGUUUCCCCCAAGACCGAGAGACCGAGGGAGUUCUUGGGAGGAACCGAGACGUCGUAUGCCCUUCUCCAUGUGCCGUCCUCCCCAAGGCAUCUGCCCUCGCCAGAAGGUGAAUAUGAACUUCUUGCUCCUGGUAAAAUCUCCUACCACUCCCUGCAGCAGCCACGUCCACUUAUGCCACCCUCUUCGACUUGGGUUUCUUGUUAAAAUGAAAGGGUCGGACCAGCACUUGUCUAAUUACCAGUAAAUAAGAGCUGAGGUGUGGGGAUCUGGUUGAAGCAGGCCUGGGGCACAGCGCCCUUACGGCGCACAUGCAGGUGUGCACAUGUGCGCGCACACACACACACACACACACACACACACACACAACCACCCUCAUUCUACAGCCUUUCUGGAGAAUCUGGUUUACAAACCACAGGGCUCCUUAGAUCCUGCUCAAUAUUCAUCAUAUAAAGACCAACCACUUAUCCUGAACACCACUCUUUGAGAAAGGAGUGGCCAUCUUUGAUUAUAAAUGGCUUUGGUAAUUGGCUGCUUUGCUCAGUGGCCAGAGGGGCUUCUUGGUCCCCUGUAGCUGGGAUCAUCACAAAGGGUCUGCUCCUGUGUCCAGGUUCUUCUAAAAUGUCUAUAUCAUUGUCUUCUAAUGUCACAAGGAAGCUUUACUCAUCAUACUAAGGGGAGCAGGGGGAGUCCACUUAUUGCACACGCAUUUAUGGGCCCAACUCUUCACCUGGAGCCUUCCAGAGGGGGAGGCUGUGUGUGUUCUUCUCACCCCGGGCCACUCAGCCUUGUUCUUUGCAUAGUGUCUGGUGACUUGUUUGCCCUCAUGGCUUUGUCAGUUACAUGGGUUGAUUCAAUAAUUUCUAGGCCAGAUUUUUAUAUAAUUUUUUAUAUGAUUUGAAUCCAUAUUUUUAAACCUUAUAUUUCUCCCUAGAAAUCCUAAUAAGAAAAUCAUAGCAUCAGAGCAUGGUAGAGUAGAAAGACCUAUAGAGACACUAAUUCCCCUAUCUUUUUUUUGCUCAGAGAAGAUAAGUAGCCCAAUGUAACAUUGCAAGCUAGUGACGGAACUUUAUCCAGAGCCUGACUUCCUGGCUCAUAAUUCCACACUCUUCCAACAUACUACAUAGAAGAGCCUCUACUUAACUUUCGGUGUAUGUGUGGAUUAAUUAGUAUGUCAUAUAUAAAAUAUUAAUAAAAUGUUCAAAUGGGAAAAAUAAAACCUCCACACACAUACCCCUUCUCUUAUGAGCCUUUCUUUGUAUAUUCUCAUAAUUUUCUCUAAUGUUUUCCUCAUUGUUCCUAGAAUUGUCUACCCCCUAAAACAGGGGUCAGCACACUGUGGCCCACAGGCCAAUCUAACCUACUGUCUUUUUUUUUUAAAUAAAUAAAAUGUUAUUGGAACACA